GAGAGGAGGUUUCCCACCUGUCAUCUGAUCCCCAUGUUUGUGGACAGUGAUGUGAUCAUUGAGGAGACCAGUGAGGAUCGGUCUUUUCAUAAGAUUGAGCGGAGGUGUAAACUUGAUGUGGAUGCACCACGACUCCUCAAACGGAUUGCAGGCGUGGAUUAUGUCUACUUCAUUCAGAAGAACUCUCUGAACCACAGAGAAAGAACUCUUCAUAUUGAAUCUCACAAUGAAACCUUCUCCAACAGAGUCAUCAUUCAUGAACUCUGCUGUUACUCGGUUCACCCAGAAAAUGAAGAAUGGACAUGUUUUGAACAAUCUGCCAGUCUGGACAUCAAAUCUUUCUUUGGUUUUGAGAGCACAGUGGAGAAGAUCGCCAUGAAGCAAUAUGCCAGCAGCAUCAAAAAGGGUAAGGAGAUUAUUGAAUACUACCUGAGGGAGCUAGAAGAAGAAGGUAUAACUUGUAUACCUCGGUGGAGCCCUUGCCCACCAUCACCCACAAAGCCAGUGGUGCCACUUGUUAUUCCUGCAUUGCCUAUCACUCCCACAAUCUCCAUUGAAGCCCUUCCUGAGAGCGUGAAUGAGAUUCAAGGGUGUAAAGAGGGCAGCAGUCCUCCGGGCAGCCUGAACGACGCCCUUGUAGCCAGUCCAGAUGAUAAACUGGAUGCAGACUACAUCAAACGGUAUCUGGGUGACCUCACACCCCUUCAGGAGAGCUGUCUGAUUCGCCUGCGCCACUGGUUACAGGAGACACACAAGGGCAAGAUCCCAAAAGAUGAGCAUAUUCUACGGUUCCUGCGUGCACGGGACUUCAGCAUAGAUAAGGCACGGGAGAUCCUUUGUCAGAGUCUGACCUGGAGGAAGCAGCAUCAGGUAGACUACCUCCUGGAUACCUGGAGCUCUCCUCAGGUGUUGCACGAUUACUAUACCGGAGGCUGGCACCACCACGACAAGGAUGGCCGGCCUCUGUAUAUCCUACGCCUCGGACAUAUGGACACUAAAGGACUGGUUCGAGCACUUGGAGAAGAAUCCCUGCUCAGACAUGUGCUGUCAAUCAAUGAAGAGGGUCUGAGACGCUGUGAGGAGAACACCAAAGUAUUUGUUCGGCCAAUUAGUUGUUGGACAUGUCUUGUCGAUCUUGAGGGGCUCAAUAUGAGGCAUCUGUGGCGUCCUGGAGUCAAAGCUCUGCUGAGGAUUAUUGAGGUGGUGGAGGCCAAUUACCCAGAGACACUAGGUCGUCUACUCAUCCUCAGAGCUCCCAGAGUCUUUCCUGUCCUGUGGACGCUGGUCAGCCCUUUCAUUGAUGAGAAUACACGAAAGAAGUUUCUGAUCUAUGCAGGAAAUGACUACCAGGGCCCUGGCGGUCUUGUGGACUACAUUGAUAAAGAGAUCAUCCCUGACUUCCUUGGAGGAGAGUGUAUGUGUGAAGUGCCAGAGGGUGGCUUGGUUCCCAAGUCUCUGUACAGAACUGCAGAAGAACUGGAGAAUGAUGAGAUCAGGCUGUGGACGGAGACUAUUUACCAGAGUGCCAGCAUCUUCAAAGGAGCGCCACAUGAGCUACUGAUUGAGAUCAUUGAUGCCUCCUCAGUCAUCACUUGGGACUUUGAUGUAUGUAAAGGUGAUGUGAUCUUCAAUAUCUACCACUCUAAACGAGCUCCACAGCCGCCAAGGAAAGAUCCGCUGGCUACCCAUGGCAUCACCUCUCCCGCAGGCAACAACGUGCAGCUUAUAGAUAAAUCCUGGCUGCUGGGACAGGACUACAGCAUGGUGGAGUCACCCCUCACCUGCAAAGAGGGAGAAAGUGUGCAGGGUUCACAUGUGACACGGUGGCCAGGUUUCUAUAUUUUGCAAUGGAAGUUCCACUCUAUGCCAGCAUGCGCCACCACAAACCUACCUCGGGUGGACGACGUUCUGGCUACUCUGCAGGUGUCCUCUCACAAGUGCAAAGUCAUGUACUACACUGAGGUUCUGGGCUCAGAGGACUUUAGAACGGCUUGCUGUGAUGUGCAGAGUUUGGGCUCAAUGACCAGUUUGGAAUCCAGUCACAGUGGUUUCUCUCAGCUCAGCGCCGCCACCACAUCCUCCAGCCAGUCACAGUCCAGCUCUAUGAUCUCCAGGUAGAAUGGAAAGGAAUUUAGGCUCUAAAAUGUUUUAUUAGUUUAGUUUCUUGAUUCUCAAUAAACCCCAUUACUACUCUUACUCUGUUAUCUAUCCCAACACUGUAUCACUCCAUGUCAAGGACCUGAAGCAUGCUCGCACAACUAAAAAGAGUAUAAAAAUAUCCUUACCUGAAAGGAUUCUGGUGGUGGUAGGUUGUUUUUUUUUAAGGGCUUGAAGCUGCUUUUCCAUAGUGCUCAGCUGGGCUGCAGGUCAGUUCAUAGGCCGAUUGUGCUUUGUGUGAGUGUCCAAAGGAGCCCACACUUUAAUGUGCAUUUCUACAUUUCCCAUGAGCUGCAUGCUGAACUAAGCAAUACAUGUUCUUCAAAUUGGGAAAGGGCCUGAAAUUAACGCGCCCACUUACACAUCUCAAAUACUCCACAUACUUACUUAUAUGCACUUAGUUCUGCCAUAUCACUUGGAGCUCAUCCUCUUGGUAAACUGUUGUUAGGUCAUUGGGUGGGCUUCUGCAAUAAUUUAGAAGAAUUUAUACUAUUUGAAUUUGUAUUUUAAAUGUUUAAGGAGACUAGGUUAAGUCUUCUUGGGUGCUACAAGCUUGUUUCUUCAUUGUUAAGGCCUUUCCACACUGAGCGCGAAAAAGCGAAACGAAUAUCGGACG